UUUGCGUAUUAAAGACGAUCUGUAUGAUGGAUAGGUGAUUAAAAUGAUUGCUCAUCUCAGGUUAUGUGUCAGCUGAAAUACACCAUCAUGUCUGUGGAUGGCCCCCGGACGUCUGUAUUUACGUUCCAGUCAGCGCUACACAGCGUUCAUGUCCUGCGCUGCCUGGAUGAGCAGAGACAGAAGGACAUUCUCUGUGAUGUGACGGUGGAAGUGGAGAAAAGAAGCUUUCGAGCACACUGUUCAGUACUCGCUUGCUGCAGUGAUUAUUUUUACACCAGACUCAUAAACCGCACAGGAUGGAACCAAGUCAUCACUUUGCCUGAUGAAGUCACUGCAGAUGGCUUUGUGCCAUUGCUACAGUUUGCUUACACUGCAAAACUUCACUUCACCAAAGAGAACAUCAUGGAGGUUUACAGAUGUGCUGAACUCUUAAGAUUUCACAACCUCGACCAAGCUUGUUUCGAUUUCCUUGUUCCAACACGGUCUAAUAGCAGCGUGGCUACUCCGGAAGUGAAGGGGAAGAGUAAAAACAGCAACAAGAGCAAGAGCCCUGACAAAGUGGCGGCUGACAACAGAGACUGCAGUGAAACCUUUAAACAGUGCAAUACAACUGAAGAAGAUGGCAAAACUCAGGUUCCUACAGAUGAGACGGUACAUAAUGAGGCAGUUGUGCCCAGUGUAGAGUGUCCUGGAGAGUGCCCAUCUGUCUCCUCUGAGAAAAACAUGCCCUUAGAUUUACCUUCAGUUUCCACUGAAGUCUCCACUGAAGUCUUCCACACCACUACUGACCACGGCCAAACAGAACUGUGUUUACAGAGCUGUGGGCCGCAGCUGGUGCCCUCUUCCAUUGUGGCUACAGAUGAAGUGUGUCCUUUUCUUUCAAUGCCAUGCAGCAGUGAGAGUGAGAUUGUCCAUUCCAACACAGUUGGAUGUAAUGAGGGCAUUUUGGAGCUAGGUGAAACGUUUCAGAAUAGACUAGCAGUAGAUGCUCCUGGUGAAACAUCUACCAAUAAGGAUCUAAAUGUACCAAGCACCACUGAGGGCGAAUUGGAGCUGCCUCUGAGGGAUCUAGAACCAUCAGCAAACUGUAGCCAGUUGUGCCCACUAAGCUCCACAGAGACAAGUGAUGUUUUGAACAGCAUCGAUUCAGUAAGCAGCUUGGAGAGCACGAAAACAGACACACAAAACUUUGACCCUUCUAAGCAACAAAUAUUCCCAAAUCCACCUUCUAGUAAUGGCAUCACAGAGAGGAGCAUGGUGGAGAGGGAGGUGGCAGAGCAUCUGGCUAAAGGGUUUUGGCAAGAAAUGAGCUCUCUGUCAGAGCCUUUAGAGCCAAUGGACCAGACAACUGCGGAGCCUGGUUUUCUGGAGCCCACGGGCCAGACAUCUGGAGGACCUGGAUCUAACUUUCACUGGCUCAAGCACCUGGAUUUAGGGGCUGCACCCGAUGACUGCCCUUUUCUCAGAGACCUUAGCUCCAAAGAGACUGAGCCCUCAGCAGACGACACUUUGAUUAGAGAUGAGAGCAGAGACAGUUUUGCGUCUCCCAUAAAUUCAGGGGAAAAUUCUGAAUGUGACACAGAUGAAGCAUUGAGCAAUGAGCCAGUAUGUGAGGUGGACUUGCCUUUCCCAGUGGAGAAUAUCUCAAGCAUGAGCAGGAACGCUUUCCUGCAGCUAUUGAAGGAGCAGUGGCUGACACCGGAGCAGCUGGAGUUUGUGCAUGAUGUCCGUCGCCGCAGCAAUAACCGCAUCGCUGCACAGCGGAGCCGCAAGAAAAAGCUAGACUGUAUUCACAGGCUUGAGGGAGACAUCAAGAAACUGAGAACCCAGAAGGAAAAGUUGCAGCAGGAGCAGGUCCAGCUAAAGCAGAAUAUGACGGAGACUCAGCACUCCCUGUCAGAUUUCUCUGCGAGUGUAUGUGCUCAGUCCUCAGUGCAGCCGGAACAGCUCCAAAACCUAUCCAGGUAUUUCUCUUCAGACUGGAACAGCUCGGUGCUCCUCACACCCACCACCUCCCCGAACCUGACUGCUUCUGAACUAACCCACACCUGCCCUGAUGUGUGGAGCACGCAGUUACUUCAGCCUGAGUCUGCACACGCAAAUGAAACAGAUAAUAAUAAUAAUAAUAAUGUAGAUAGCAGCAUCCCAAAUACCUUAGAUUCUUCAGAAAGGUAAUCAUGGUGACACACAUUGAAUGCAGGACAUUCACAUACAGAAUGACAU